AUAAGUAAUUAAGAAAGUUUAGCUAGAAAGCUUCAAUUUUAUAGCAUGGUUAGUUGAUUCUGCUCCAUCUGAGCGUUUGGUUGUGCGGUUUUUCGGUUCAGUAUUUCUUAGAACUAAGUUCUUUUAAAUUAAGUAUGAAUGCUAAUGAUGUUUAUAUUGUUGCUGCUGUGCGCACUCCAAUAGGUAAUUUGGGUGGUACACUUUCCCAAAUUAAAGCUUCCGAUUUAGGCAGCAUUGUUAUUAAAGAAGCUCUAAAGCGUGCCGAGGUAAAGGGUGAAGAUGUAACUGAAGUAAUAAUUGGACAAGCCUUAACUGCCGGACAAGGACAAAAUCCAGCUAGGCAAUCUGCUCUCAAAGCUGGACUGCCAAUAGAAGUGCCGGCAUUUGUACUAAAUAUGCUUUGUGGUUCAGGACUUAAGAGCGUUACUUUGGGCUAUCAAUCUAUACGUUCUGGUGACAAUAAAAUUGUGGUCUGUGGUGGACAAGAAAAUAUGUCAUUAGCGCCACAUGUAAUACAUAUACGUGACGGUGUAAAAUUGGGACCUGGAACUAUGGUUGAUUCAAUGGUACAUGACGGUCUUACUGAUGCCAUGUAUAAUAUUCAUAUGGGCAUAACAGCCGAAAAUUUAGCUACUGAAUAUAAUGUAAGUCGUUCAGAACAGGAUGUGUAUGCGGUACGUUCUCAAAAUUUAGCUGAGGCAGCACAGAAAAAUGGAUAUUUUAAUAAGGAAAUUGUUCCUGUUGAAAUUAAAGAUCGUAAGGGAACUAUAAUAUUCGACAAGGAUGAGUUUGUUAAGGCUGGCUGUACUGUCGAAUCAUUUCAAAAAGUCAAAACUUGUUUUUUGGAUAAUGGAACCGUAACCCCUCGUAAUGCCUCCGGUAUUAAUGAUUCAGCUUCUGCUGUCAUUUUAAUGUCGGCAGAAGAAGUGCAAAAAAGAUCGAUUAAACCACUUGCUAAAAUUGUUGCUUGGGCUCAAACUGGUAUUUGUCCUAAAGUAAUGGGUAUUGGUCCAGUAACUGCUGUUAAUGCUGUUUUAGCUAAAGCAGGCUGGUCAAAAGAUGAAGUUGAUCUUUAUGAGUUAAAUGAAGCCUUUGCUGCACAAAGUUUGGCAGUUUUAAAAUGCCUACAGAUUGACCAAAAUAAAGUGAAUAUUCAUGGUGGUGCUAUAGCAUUAGGUCAUCCAAUCGGCGCCUCGGGCAAUCGCAUUUUAGUAACGCUUUUAUAUGCACUUGAGCGUACAGGCGGUAAAAAAGGUGUUGCGAGUCUUUGUAUCGGAGGCGGAAUGGGCAUUGCUAUUGCAGUGGAACGCGUUUAAAAUUUUAAACAUAUUUAACAUAUGUAUGAAUUUGCAAGCAACUAUUGUAUUGAAAACAAAUUGUUUGUGUGGAAAACGGUUAAAGUUCAAAAGUAUUUCAUGGCCUUAUAUAAAUGUACUUAAAACUAUAAAUAUGCGACAAAUAAUAUAUUUAUGUUAA